AUGCUGAGCUGGAUGCGUAGCACGUCAGACACCGAAUGGAGGGGCGCCUCUUCCCCCAUGGAAUCCUGUGUAAAGCAGUGUCGCGCGGUAGAACGCGUCGUCUUCUCGCCUAGCAUUCACCACAAGUCCAACGUACGUGAAGCAGAUGGCGGCUGCACGGCCCAUGGAUUGCGCAUUCGUCUGCACGAUUGCGCCGACCGGAAGGUACUGAUCGUCUGA